GCGCCGGCAGCGAGAGGCGAGCCGAGAGUGGAGGAGGCGGCGGCGGCGGGAGCGCUCCCCAGGAAUGUCGCUGCCGCCGCCACCGCCGGGGCCGCUGCCGUUGAGGAGGCGACGGAGGAGACCGGCGUUGUUAGGAAGAUGAUCCAUGUGAUUUUGAAGACCUUUCAUCAGCAAUGAGGGAACUACAAAGAACCAAAUAUAAUUCUGAAAUUCAAGAUCUGUAUUUUAAGAUGGUUUUAUUUUCAGGAUGAAAAAUAUAUAUGGUUACCUUUAUGAAUGUAGAGACAUGAGAAAAGAGUUAUGAUGGCAAAAAACAAAGAGCCUCGUCCUCCAUCCUAUACUGUCAGUGUAGUUGGACUCUCUGGGACUGAGAAAGACAAAGGUAACUGUGGAGUUGGAAAAUCUUGUUUGUGCAAUAGGUUUGUACGCUCAAAAGCAGAUGAAUAUUAUCCAGAGCACACUUCUGUGCUUAGCACCAUUGACUUUGGAGGCCGAGUAGUAAACAAUGAUCACUUUUUAUACUGGGGUGACAUAACACAAAGUGGUGAAGAUGGAGUAGAAUGCAAAAUUCAUGUCAUUGAGCAAACAGAGUUCAUUGAUGACCAGACUUUCUUGCCUCAUCGAAGUACAAAUUUGCAACCAUAUAUAAAACGUGCAGCUGCCUCUAAAUUGCAGUCAGCAGAGAAACUGAUGUACAUUUGCACCGAUCAGCUAGGCUUGGAGCAAGACUUUGAACAGAAGCAAAUGCCUGAAGGGAAACUCAAUGUAGAUGGAUUUUUAUUGUGUAUUGAUGUGAGCCAAGGUUGUAAUAGAAAGUUUGAUGAUCAACUUAAAUUUGUGAAUAACCUUUUUGUCCAGCUAUCAAAAUCUAAAAAACCCGUGAUAAUAGCAGCAACUAAAUGUGAUGAAUGUGUGGAUCAUUACCUUAGAGAAGUUCAAGCAUUUGCUUCAAACAAAAAGAACCUUCUUGUAGUGGAAACAUCAGCACGAUUUAAUGUCAACAUUGAGACAUGUUUUACUGCAUUGGUACAAAUGUUGGAUAAAACUCGUGGCAAACCUAAAAUUAUUCCCUAUCUGGAUGCUUAUAAAACACAGAGACAACUUGUUGUCACAGCAACAGAUAAGUUUGAAAAACUUGUACAGACUGUGAGAGAUUAUCAUGCAACUUGGAAAACUGUUAGUAAUAAAUUAAAAAAUCAUCCUGAUUAUGAAGAAUAUAUCAACUUAGAGGGAACAAGGAAGGCCAGAAAUACAUUCUCAAAGCAUAUAGAGCAACUCAAACAGGAACAUAUAAGAAAAAGGAGAGAAGAAUAUAUAAAUACCUUACCAAGGGCUUUUAAUACUCUCUUGCCGGAUCUAGAAGAGAUUGAACAUUUGAAUUGGUUGGAAGCUUUGAAGUUAAUGGAAAAGAGAACAGAUUUCCAGUUAUGUUUUGUGGUGCUAGAAAAAACACCUUGGGAUGAAACUGACCAUAUAGACAAAGUUAACGAUAGACGGAUCCCGUUUGACCUCCUGAACACUUUAGAAGCAGAAAAGGUCUAUCAGAACCAUGUACAACAUCUGAUUUCAGAGAAAAGAAGAAUAGAAAUGAAGGAGAAAUUCAAGAAGACUUUAGAAAAAAUUCAGUUCAUUUCCCCUGGGCAGCCGUGGGAGGAGGUUAUGUGUUUUGUCAUGGAGGAUGAAGCAUUCAAGUACAUCCCUGAGGCUGAUAGCAGGGAAGUAUAUGCUAGGCAUCAGCGAGAGAUAGUUGAAAAAGCCAAAGAAGAGUUUCAAGAAAUGCUAUUUGAGCAUUCUGAACUUUUUUAUGACUUAGAUCUUAAUGCAACACCAAGUUCAGACAAAAUGAGUGAAAUUCAUACAGUUCUAAGUGAAGAACCUAGAUAUAAAGCUUUACAGAAACUUGCACCUGAUAGGGAAUCUCUUCUACUUAAGCAUAUAGGAUUCGUUUAUCAUCCCACUAAAGAGACAUGCCUCAGUGGCCAAUACUGUACAGACAUUAAAGUGGAGCACUUACUUGCCAGUAGUCUAUUACAGUUGGAUCAUGGCCGCUUACGCUUGUAUCAUGACAGUACCAAUAUAGACAAAGUUAAUCUUUUCAUUUUAGGGAAAGAUGGCCUUGCCCAGGAACUAGCAAAUGAGAUAAGGACUCAAUCCACUGAUGAUGAGUAUGCCUUAGAUGGAAAAAUUUAUGAACUUGAUCUUCGGCCUGUUGAUGCCAAAUCGCCUUACAUUUUGAGUCAGUUAUGGACUGCCGCCUUCAAACCACAUGGGUGCUUCUGUGUAUUUAAUUCUAUCGAGUCACUGAGUUUUAUUGGGGAAUUUAUUGGAAAAAUAAGAACUGAAGCUUCUCAAAUCAGAAAAGACAAAUAUAUGGCUAACCUUCCAUUUACAUUAAUUCUUGCUAAUCAGAGGGAUUCCAUUAGUAAAAAUCUACCAAUUCUCAGGCACCAAGGACAACAGUUGGCCAACAAAUUGCAGUGUCCUUUUGUAGAUGUACCUACUGGCACCUAUCCUCGUAAAUUUAAUGAAUCACAAAUAAAGCAAGCUCUAAGAGGAGUAUUGGAAUCGGUCAAACACAAUUUAGAUGUGGUGAGCCCAGUUCCAAUCAAUAAGGAUGUGUCAGAAGCUGACUUGAGAAUUGUUAUGUGUGCCAUGUGUGGCGACCCGUUUAGUGUGGAUCUCAUUCUUUCACCUUUCCUUGAUUCUCAUUCUUGCAGUGCUGCUCAAGCUGGGCAGAAUAAUUCCUUAAUGCUUGACAAAAUUAUUGGUGAAAAAAGGAGGCGAAUACAGAUCACAAUAUUGUCAUACCACUCCUCAAUUGGAGUAAGAAAAGAUGAACUGGUUCAUGGUUAUAUAUUAGUUUAUUCUGCAAAACGGAAAGCAUCAAUGGGAAUGCUUCGUGCAUUUCUGUCAGAAGUUCAAGAUACUAUUCCUGUACAACUGGUGGCAGUUACUGACAGUCAAGCAGAUUUUUUUGAAAAUGAGGCUAUCAAGGAGUUAAUGACUGAAGGAGAACACAUUGCAACUGAGAUAACUGCUAAAUUUACAGCAUUAUAUUCAUUAUCUCAGUAUCAUCGGCAAACUGAGGUCUUUACUCUGUUUUUCAGUGAUGUUCUAGAGAAAAAAAAUAUGAUAGAAAAUUCCUAUUUGUCUGAUAAUACAAGGGAAUCUACCCAUCCAAGUGAAGAUGUUUUUCUACCAUCUCCAAGAGACUGUUUUCCCUAUAGCAAUUACCCUGAUUCAGAUGACGACACAGAAGCACCCCCUCCUUAUAGUCCAAUUGGGGAUGAUGUACAGUUGCUUCCAACACCUAGUGACCGGUCCAGAUACAGGUUAGAUUUGGAAGGAAAUGAGUAUCCUGUCCAUAGCACCCCAAAUUGUCAUGACCAUGAACGUAACCAUAAAGUGCCUCCACCUAUUAAACCUAAACCAGUUGUACCUAAAACAAAUGUGAAAAAACUAGAUCCAAACCUUUUAAAAACAAUUGAAGCUGGUAUUGGUAAAAAUCCAAGAAAACAGACUUCCCGGGUGCCUUUGGCACAUCCUGAAGAUAUGGAUUCUUCAGAUAACUAUGCGGAACCCCUUGACACAAUUUUCAAACAGAAGGGCUAUUCUGAUGAAAUUUAUGUUGUCCCAGAUGAUAGUCAGAAUCGAAUUAUUAAAAUUCGAAACUCAUUUGUAAAUAACACUCAAGGAGAUGAAGAAAACGGGUUUUCUGAUAGAACCUCAAAAGGUCAUGGGGAACGUAGGCCUUCAAAAUACAAAUAUAAAUCUAAAACUUUGUUUAGUAAAGCCAAAUCAUACUAUAGAAGAACACACUCGGAUGCAAGUGAUGAUGAGGCUUUCACUACUUCUAAAACAAAAAGAAAAGGAAGACAUCGUGGAAGUGAAGAAGAUCCACUGCUUUCUCCUGUUGAAACUUGGAAAGGUGGUAUUGAUAAUCCUGCAAUCACAUCUGACCAGGAGGUAGACGAUAAGAAGAUGAAGAAGAAAACCCACAAAGUAAAGGAAGAUAAAAAGCAGAAAAAGAAAACUAAGACCUUCAACCCACCAACACGUAGAAAUUGGGAAAGUAAUUACUUUGGGAUGCCCCUCCAGGAUCUGGUUACAGCUGAGAAGCCUAUACCACUAUUUGUUGAAAAAUGUGUGGAAUUUAUUGAAGACACAGGAUUAUGUACUGAAGGACUGUACCGUGUUAGUGGAAAUAAAACUGAUCAAGACAACAUUCAAAAGCAGUUUGAUCAAGAUCAUAAUAUCAAUCUAGUAUCAAUGGAAGUGACAGUAAAUGCUGUAGCUGGAGCUCUCAAAGCUUUCUUUGCUGAUCUGCCGGAUCCUUUGAUUCCAUAUUCGCUCCACCCAGAGCUAUUGGAAGCAGCAAAAAUCCCAGAUAAAACAGAACGCCUUCAUGCCUUGAAAGAAAUUGUUAAGAAAUUUCACCCUGUAAACUAUGAUGUUUUCAGAUAUGUGAUAACGCAUCUAAACAGGGUUAGUCAGCAAAAUAAAAUCAACCUAAUGACAGCAGACAACUUAUCCAUCUGUUUUUGGCCAACUUUGAUGAGACCUGAUUUUGAAAAUCGGGAGUUUCUGUCUACCACUAAGAUCCAUCAAUCUGUUGUUGAAACCUUUAUUCAGCAGUGCCAGUUUUUCUUUUACAAUGGAGAAAUUGUAGAAACUGCGAACACUGUGGCUCCUCCACCACCUUCAAAUCCAGGACAAUUGGUGGAAUCAAUGGUACCGCUUCAGUUGCCACCACCAUUGCAACCUCAGCUAAUUCAACCACAAUUGCAGACAGAUCCACUUGGUAUUAUAUAAAUAUAAUGUGAUUGCAGAUGGCUUGAAAUUGGACAAAAGCAAAACUAGACAUGCAUGUUUCAGGGUUUAGUAGUAUAUAUUUCAUGUUUCAUACAGAUAAUCCACAUUCAAAAUGGCGAGACUUACUCUUUGAACUAUAUGGUAUUCCCUAUUCACUUACGUUACAAAUCUAAAACAUGUGGUAAGCAUGACUGGAGAGGUUUAAUUUUUAUAAACAAAUAGUUAUAAAAAUGCAAAGCUGCUGCUGCUGCAUGCAACCUUAUUGCAAUCAGUAUAUCAUUCCUGUGGCAAUUUCUGUCACAUUAUAUUGUGAAUAAAAUUUUUCUAUAGAAAUUAAAUGAUUUAAAAGCUCAUAUAUGAAACGUUUAAUGCUUUCAGCCUGCUUUAUGGCUGGUUUUGUUAUUUGAUGUGCUAAUUUGGGGACUUAAUUUACAUAUAAGCAGUCUGUGUAGAUAACUAAAGCCCAGUUAAGUAUUUUUUAAUUUGAGGCUACUAUGCCAUUCCUUGGAUGUUGUUUGAAAGAAAGGAAAAAAAAAAUCGUGUAACAGAUUUCACAUUCUGCACCUUCAGCUAAUAAGUAAAUCUGUGGAUGAUUUGAUGAGGAGUGAACGAACCUGUUUCCUUUACUCACAUACCAAGGACACAACUUGUGAUUAAAGUGAGUUGAUAAUGUGGUGUAAGGAUAGUUGUCACCAACUCAUUUCUUUAUGAUCUAUAAUGGAAAUACGUUUUGUAUACGGUUAAUUCUGUAAACAGAUGCAUGUUCAAAAGAUCUAUGAUGGUCUUGUAAUCUUAAUCUAAUAUAUUUUAGAUAUUUUAAUUUUUCCCUCUUAGGGAAUACAUUUAGUAUAGUGUAGAAAAAUACUCCAUGACAUUUUCAUAUAAGGUUAUAUAACUUUUCAUACAUAAACAUGAAAUUUGUUGUAGAAAGUUCUUUAAACCAAACAUUUAAUGUAGGACUUCAAUUUAAUCUGUUCCUUGAAUCUAUUUUUAUGUGGCCCUUGAGAAUAUAUCCCC